GACACAGCUCUCGAGUGACCUCAGCACUGCCCUGCUGCCACACACCGGGAUGAAGGGGGUAGAGCUGAGGGGAGCCAUGGGGGCUGUGGGAUGAAGCCCUCCCAAGCAGAGCAAUUUGGUGUUUUCAGGGAGCUCAGGGGUUUGUGAGGGAUGUGUUGUACCUCCAGACCGGGAUGCAGCUGACUUCGGUGCUUUUUGCUGGGCUUCCUAUUGUUGCAGAAGGGCCCCGUGAGGUGCCCGGCAGCCCCAGGCUGUCACCUUUUCGAGGCAGUGAUGCUUUGUCAGCAUGACUCCUCCAUGACUCCAUCUCCCUUUUGGUCACACAGCUCUGUAAGCUGGCUGUUCAUAUUCUUCCACACACAUCGCCUUUUUGUGGUCUCUUGAGGAAAAAAAUAAAAUAAAUUACCCUAAAACUCAGAAUAAAAUGGUCAUGUGCUGUUGAAUGUACUCUUGAGUACCACUGCAGCAGUGAGUGGUAUAAUGAGUUGAGAUCUGUUUUGGGUCCUGGUGUAAGUUUGUUUCAUAAAUUAAGGCAAAUAGUUUACAUUCCCAUGGUUUUCCUUUUUAUUAUGAGAAAGGAUUAAUAAUUCUGCAAAACCUGUUAAGUUACUGGUGUUGAAAAACAAUGAGAUCAGCUCUAUGUAAAUAGACAAAUGAAGCAUUCUUUAAUAGCACAGAGCACAAAUCAUUAUUUUAAAAUUCAUCCUAAAAACAGAAAAAUACACUCUUAUGGCUUCAUAACUGACUGAAGCAGAUCUGAAUUUCAUUCUGUGUACCCUGCUAGAUGUUUAUUCUGCACUUGGUGUAGAUUUCAGCUUGUUUCAUACUAAUGGCUUUCACAUAUGUAUGAGUUAGGCAGGUUUUGCUACCUGUAUGUGCCAGCUGUAGAAUGGCUCUAAAAUGUGGUACAAUAGGCUGAAUAAAGUGGCACGCCCCUGAUUCACCUUCAUUUAUGAAAUGUAGCAGGUGUGGCAAAACACAGGCCUGUAAAAGAGGAAAAAAACCAUCUCCAGGUGAGCUAGAUAAGAAUUCUUGCAGCUACUCACAUGUUAUGUGUCAAGUUCAAGUCAAGGUCCUUGGGUGUUUUUUUUUUCUCUGAGUCUCUUUUUGGUUAUACAAAUUCACCUUUGUGAAUAUGCACAUGACAUCUGAUCAUGUGGAGGAGAGGCAACAUCUGGAGGAACAAUUGAUUACAGCUCCUGAGAUACUGUUCCCAAGAGUCAGAUCGACAAAGGGGUUAAAAAUGAGACAGCCUUUUACUUCAGUGGAAGUGCAGUUGUUGAUUCAAGGCUCUCAGUAAAUGAUUGUUGGAGAUCUGCCAUGUGUAGCUGAGCAUUCAGAAAGUACACCACAGACUCUGCUUCCUCCUAAGGAGCCUUGUCUGUCAACAUCUCACUUUAAUUGUAGUCUGUAAGGUACCAGCAGGCAGGCAAAACUCACCAGCCAGCAGCCAUGGAAGAUCCAGUCUUCACUGACAUCAAUCAAAAUGCUAACGACACCAUUGUCUCUGAGGUUUCAGAUUCUGAGCAAAAUAAAGGGGGUGAUCUUUCUGAUCAUGUCCCUGCAGAUUCAGCAUCCCCUUUUUCCAUCACUAAUGUCCCAGAAAACACGGAUAGUAGUAAAGAAAACUCAGAAGAUAGCUGUAAUAAUUCUGUGACCUCUCAGCAUGGAAGUGAUGGAGAAAAUGACUCUUCAUCUCACCGUAGUGCUGAAGAAGAGCACCCAGAGCAGCAGAUGGAUCUGAUGAGCCCAGCUCUGGAAGAUAAGGACGUAGAGAGCACAGUGUUUGAGAGCAACCUGCAUUUUCCUCCAGAUUUCCAGUCUCGUCAGAGACAGAGCACUUUUACCAACUCUUCAACUUCCCUCAAGCUUCCCCUUAACAAUAACUUUGGAGAAAGUAGCAACUUUCAGGAAGAAUUUGAGAUUUCCAUUUUUGUAAAGGCCGGUAUAGAUGGAGAAAGCAUUGGGAACUGCCCAUUCUCCCAGCGUCUCUUCAUGAUCUUGUGGCUCAAAGGAGUUGUAUUCAAUGUCACCACUGUUGACCUGAAAAGAAAGCCAGCUGACCUGCACAAUCUGGCUCCUGGGACCCACCCACCUUUCCUGACAUUUAAUGGAGAAGUCAAGACAGAUGUUAACAAGAUUGAGGAAUUCUUGGAAGAGACUCUUGCACCUCCAAAGUACCCAAAGCUGGCUGCUAAGCACCGGGAGUCAAACACUGCUGGAAUCGAUAUCUUCUCCAAAUUUUCUGCAUACAUCAAAAACACCAAGCAGCAGGAUAAUGCUGCACUUGAAAGGGGCUUGGUGAAGGCUCUGAAGAAGCUGGAUGACUACCUGAGAACUCCCCUGCCAGAGGAGAUUGAUGCAGACAGCACUGAAGAGGAGAAAGUGUCUAAACGCAAGUUUCUGGAUGGAGAUGACCUGACACUUGCUGACUGCAACCUUCUGCCCAAACUUCACGUUGUCAAGAUUGUUGCAAAGAAAUACCGCAACUUCGAGUUCCCAGCGGAGAUGACGGGGCUGUGGCGGUACCUGAAGAACGCGUACACGAGGGAUGAGUUCACCAACACCUGUGCAGCAGACAAAGAAAUCGAGCAAGCCUACGCAGAUGUGGCCAAGAGGCUCAGCAAGUCCUAACUGCCCCCAGCCACGGCUCAGUAUCCCCUUUCACAGACUCUGCUCCUUGUUGCCUUAAGAUGUACUUUAUCCUUAUGCUGUCUGGUUGGCAUCUUUAUGACUUCACCUGCUCCAAGUGUAAUGGGCAGGGACAAAUCUGCCUCUCCCUGGAGAAAAGAGAAGGCAGCUGUAGUGGGGGGUGGGGGAUAGAUACCCUUUGAGGUCUAACCCAAGAUCUGGCUCAACUAGUAUUAUUUGCAAUCAGUAUUGGAAAUGAGUCCACUUGACUAGUUUCUUGUUCUGUGUUGGGGGUACAUCAUGACCUGUAUUCUUUAGAGUUUUAAAAAUAGCUGAAAUUUCAGGUGAGAGAAUUAGGAAUACAUAGGUUCCUCUCUAGGUUAUUUCAAGGACGCUUUUUCCCUCAGUUCUGUUAAGAUCCUUGAGGCAUGAACAAAAUAGAAGAGAGAGACAGACAGAGGGGAAAAAUAGGAGUUUGACCCUAAAGCAGAAAUGCUCUUAGCAGUUAUAUUUAAAUAAACUCUCUGAAAGCAUCUUCUGUCUUAGCAGGCCCGGGAGUUUAUAGGGUAUUUAUUUUUAACUUGGCGCAAGAGGGGGGAAGCCUGAGUGAAUAUGUCAGACUUGCAGAUGCUACUCUGCAUAAAAUUUGCAUGGUGUUGUUGGAUCUGAAUGUUUUAAGCAAAAGAGAGUGAAAGAGCAAUUGAGCAGACAGCCCUUGGAAGAGCAGGGCCUGUGCCAAAAUGCCCAGUGGAUCUGCUGGUUGGUAGAGACAGACAGACAGCAGUAACAGGGGCAGCAGAUUGACUCCAGCACCCACAGAGGGAAUUGGCACAGCAAACCAAACCACGUAGGAUAUUGUCGUCUUGACUGUAAGGUUGCCAGUUCCUUUAUAAUUGCUAUCUUGGGAAACUUGGAUCAGCAGUGGGAAGCUGUCGCUGCACAUGGAUUCCAGGCAGGGGAAGCGCUUUCGUCGCCUUGGGCUCCAGAUGGGUCACUUUCAAGUGCUCAUCAUCUCACCCCAGGAGGAGUUUGCUGUGAGAGCCUCAAAGAGGGCAGGCUGGCACAGUGAGAGGCACAUUUCCAGACAGGAAUUCAGCAAGUGUUUUCUAGCAGAAAUCCAUGCAUGAUGCCUCAAUCCUGCUCAUCCAGGCUUUACCCAUCCAGGUUCCACAAUUCUGAAUUAGGCUUUUUUUUCCUAAACGUGAUUAUUUUGCUCUGUCUGCAGGGCCUGCUUGGCACAUCUGCUUUACACUGGUGAUUAUUUGCACGUUUCUUCAGCAAAUUCAGAAUGGCAGCUCUUUCACUUGAAACUCAUGUGCCCCAGUAUGCACAGGAGAGCACAUGGUUUGUGGGUUUCAGUUUGUGGGGGCAUUUAUUGCUGUUUUAAAAGAUAAAAUAAAGCUGAGCUGUAACCUGAUGUGGCUCCCCUUCUGAUCAGAGCUGCUAAAGCUGCACUGGUUUGAGGGGAACCCCAAGCUGGUGAGCUUUGACCAAGGGGAACCUCACAGCAGACUUGUUUGCAGCCAGAGAGCUGCAAAAGUGGAACAACAUCGAAAGCCAGGCUCUGCCAUGUGAUGCUGAUGACAAUCUGAGACCAUCCUUUUGCUUUAGUGGGUUAAUUCCACUUCUCACACUAAUCCAGCUGGGAGCAGAAUGUUGCUCAUUGACUGAAGGGAGUUUGUGGUUGACUAUUGUUUCACAUGCAAUGGUCAAUUUGUUCUGAACUUUCAAAACCUUGGAAGAAAAUCCAUGAACUCCCAAGUCUUCUCCUAGAAUGAGCUAUUUUAACAGUGGCUAGACUGGAGGGUAAAGGCUUGCACUCUUUAAAAUAUUGCUGAGAAAUCAGCUGGCUCAGAGAACACUAAUAGCAGCCAGAAAAAUCUGAUGAGAUUAGAAGUAUCUGCACAAGCACAUGUGGCUUGUUAAAAACAUUUCUUCAUGAGAUUGGAAUUAUUGUGAUAUUAUUUUCUUUUUUUUUUUUUUUCCUUUUUAAGAACUCUGCCAAGUAUUUAUUUAUUUAUUUAUCUUAAUUGACUCAAUCCUUUCUUUCUGUCUUUCUGGUAUUUGUUUACACUCAACACUUGGGUCAGGAUAGGUUGGUCAGUUUAGAAAAGUGUUAUUAGCAAAGCUCUCCAAGAAAGUUCUUCUAUCUGAUCAAUGGUCCUGGGGAUUUUCUAUUCUCAGUAUGAUCCUGUCAAUCAACAGAAACUACAUUUUUCUCAGUUGCCUUUUCCCAGGCUUGCACUUCAGUCAGUUGCUUUCCUUAGUCACAGUUGCUGCAUUUGAAUAAAAGACACAGAAGCAGAUGCAGAUUCUUGCUCUCUUAUAUAUUAUUAUUUACAUCCUAAAAGAAGACUGUCCAAACAUGCAGCAGAUCUCAGGUGAACCAGGGUCUGCCCUGAUUUCCAUCUCAAAAUUGUCACAAUUUUUCUGAAUUUCAUAGUUCUGAAAUUCUCUUAUAUAUUUGUCUCUAUUUUUCAUGGAAGAGGGACAAAUCACAAUCAGCUGAUUUCUGUGACCUAAAAUUGUAUCUGUUUUAAAAAUAUUAUGUUUAAAAAUGAUCUGGCUUAUAUCAAAAAGAAAAUGAUCUAUAAAUGCAAUGAGUUUUUUCUAAGAUGAUUUUCAUGUUCUUAAAAACUCCUUAAGAUUUCAUAAUAAAAUCUGAAAGUCCCCAGGCUAAUUUCCUUUCAAUUAAUUGCAACAAUAUUUCCUUAAAUAUCUUCAUUUUUCAUACAGUACUCUAAAAUAGAUAAAAUAUAAUGAUGGAUAUGAGAAAUUAGAGGAAAAUGGAUCAGCUUUCAGCUAUAGUGCUGAUUCUGUCUGAAUUUAAGUCUCUGCAUUCUAACUUUGCAUUUUACUCAUAACUCCAUUAUAGGCUGAUCCAAGAUCAUGGACAGGUUCAGGCAUUCCCUGACCUUUGUUUGGGUUUGAAAUCCAAGCUCAUGUUUUCAGAUCUGUAACUUUCACUCCCCUUUGUGCUUCUUGGCUUUAUCCCUUGCCAGAAGCAGGAAAUACUGGAAAUCCUACAUAUAGAAGUGUUUUGCUAAGGUUUUGAGCUCAGUUCUCAAGGCUCAGGAUCCAUCACCAACAAGAUUCUAAAGGGCUCCAGACUCUUUUAGGCAGAAUAUUUUUGGUGACCUUCCAUUGUAUUUAGAAUUAUAAGUAGUAAAUAUUAAUCAUACAGGAUUGUAUAUCUACAUUGGCAAGGCAGCAUUUAUGAAAAGAAUCUAAGUGACAAGACAGACAUUGCAGAUUUACAAUAACUUUGUUCAUAAAUUUUUUUGCAAGAUGUAAAGAAAGACAUAGUGCAGAGAGGGAAGAAGCCAACAAUGUGGAUUUAAUCAUCUACGUUUCAGAAAUGCAGACCAAAUGUCUGUGAAGAUGUCCAUUUCAUCCAAACAUUUCUUAGAUAUAUAUUUCAAAGCUCUCUGCUCAGUCAAUCCAACACUUCAUUCAUAUUGGAACAAAUAUUGAUUUUUCUUCUAUUAGCAGUGGUAUGGGAGUUUUUGAGGAUCCCAUAGGUUAGUUACCCUUAUUCUCUGUUAGAACUGUUUGAAUUGCCAAGAGGUCAUUUACAGCACAGGUAGGACUAAAGAAUAUCUGUUUAAAGUCUAUUCAAACCAGGCCUUCUGUGAAACACUUUUUCCUAUAGAAAUCACAUAAUGAUACUGCUUUAUCAGAUCUAGUGUGGAAUAUAGAACUACAGGUUAGUCCUCUGGUUGCUGCAGGUGAAAAGGCACUGCUAGGGAGAAUGACAGUCUACAGCACAAGGAAAAUGGACAACUUUGUUUCCUACAAGAAAGUUCAGCUGAAUUGCACAUAGCAUUAAUUUUAAAUAUAUAUUUAUUUUAUGUUAACCCCUAAACACCUUUCUCCCUCUCUUGUUAGCUCCAAGUUAGCCAUUUCCUCAGUGAUAAGUAGCAGGAUCCUUGUGGAUGGGCACAGGGGACACUGUUUUAGUGUAGCCCUUCCAUCUGAUGGGAUGAAGGCCCCGUCUGCAUCAUCUGAGUUUGACUAAUAAGCUGAGUUGAAAGUACUGCAAAAAUUUAGACAGUGGAAGCCACACUUCUGUAAAACCAGAAGCACAUGGAAGCAUUAUUUUUUUGAAAAAUGAAUUGGUGUUUUAAAGAAAAAAAUAGCCCCUAAGUCUUGUGUCCUCCUUCAUGUGUAUUCUUUUAAGCAUCAGGAAAUUUGCCUUUGUUUAUUAAUUUUCUAAAUGUAUUCAUUAUUCUUGAAUUGUUUUUGAUAUUAAGAAAUAUUUUUUCAGUAA